UAUUCUUUAAUCUCAUACCAGAAAAGAACGCGCUUUUAGACACAAGAUCCAAGGAGCAGCUACUGACACAAGCAGAGAAGUUGCUACAAUCUAAUUCAAAGCCAUCUCCCCAUGCUCACCACGUGAGGUGCAAGUUCAUCACAUCUGCUGAUGCUAAUGGAUGUCACAUGUUCCUGCUGGCAACAAGGCCACGGAGUUACACAAAUCCCCUUACACUCAAGCCAAGCUGGAAGUGGCUCCUUUCAGAAUAAUGGAUUAUGUGGAUCAGAAAGAGCGCCAGUCAACGGAGGGUCUUGCAGUAAGUAGGAGAGAAUGCUGUGCUGACAAAGCCUGUGGUGAUUUGGGGUAAAUCUCUUAACACUUGUGUUGCUAUUUUUUUUUUUUUAAACCUGUAGAAGAGGGACAAAAUCUCUUUUUCCUGCUCCUAUUUUCCUCUUAGCCACUUGUACCCAUUUGAACAAGAGUCAUCUUCAUUUGUGCAAGCAUCAUCUCUUCCCAGUGAUUUGAAUCUCACCUAAUGCAGACCUGGAUCUUCCCAUAAUCUCCCACUCCUAAGAGCAAGCACAACUUGCCAUCUUUAGGGUUUUAUCUUUUAUAUCUUUAGGGCAUGAAAUAGUGCUCUGGUACAACUUCUCCGGCCUGACACCACUACUGCACAGUGCCCCGAAUGGAAGCUUUGCAGUUGUUCUGAUGCCUACGCCAACUUUACAGCAGACAUAGCCAGCAACAGGAAUUUCCACAGGCCUGUACCAAGUGGUUGCAAAGUGCCGUGAUGUACAUGAACCCUAACCUUGCUUCACAGGGGUUGAUUUGCCCCAAGGAGAUGCAUUGGAGGGAGAACAAAAAGAUGCAAUAGAAGGGCAGUACAUUCUUUGCUGGUUUUCACAUCCCUGGACCACAGGUGUUCUGCUGAUGCUUUGCAGCUGAACCCACUGGCUUGUCAAAGAAAUCUCCAAAAAAUAACAAAGGAAAAAAAAAAGUAGGAAACACAAAGCUUGCUGGCUUGGGAACAAGCUGCAGCUGGUGCUGGCCAGCAUUGACACUGGUGAAGCAAGUUGAAGGCUGAGGUCAGCAGGAGCAUUGCAGGUGGACACUGCUGUGUGUCCCAGGUGUUGCUUCCCCCUGUCUGCAGCCUCGGCUGAUUCCUUAACAGUGACGCAUGGCAGCGAAUUGGCCAUACUGGGCCUGAGCUGCAAUCCAGAGGAAACCAACUUCUGGUUGGGGUAGAUGAAACCUCAGAUUAUGCUUGUCAGCAGGGGAGCCUGCCCUUACCUUGUGCUCAAGGCUCACAGCCAGCAGUGUGUGAAAGCCUGGGCAAAAGCUGCUGACACUGGGCAUUCAGUGCAGUGUCCUCUCUGUUAGAUUGGCUGUGACAAGAAUUUGAAAACCUGCAACUAGUUCUUACUAGCCCCAGCUGGGCAGCUCUGUCCUGAAGUUAACGACUCUUCUCAUUUGUCUGAGCUUCCAGGAAUGACUGACUCCUGAUAUCAUCCACCAGCCACCAAGGAGAGGAUCACUGGAAAGCCAGCUGAGACGCAGCUCCUGGCAUUUUCCCCUACAAUCACAUCCUCAACUUAUCCCUAUGUUAUCCAUUUUCCUUGCAGUAAACUGAAGCUGGUUUUUCCUCCUCUGCCACAGAAAAUUAGGAGAUCUUUGAUUUCUGACCUUGUCCACGUCUGGAUGAUUGCUCUUCCCUUGUAUUUCCUGACAGCUUCCUCUCUUCUACCUGCCCUAGGCUAUGUUCUCCCUUUGGACACCUCAGCACUUGGGACCGAGAGGUGACAGGUUGGGUAUUAAGCAGAUCAGUAUGAAUGUUCUCUUUCCUUGUCCUUACACUAUCUGCCCUCAUUGGUAUCACUCUUGUGAGCCGAGCAUCCUCCAUUUGCAGUCAAGCCUGAGCUCUAUGUGAUGGAUCACCCCUCCAGGCUGCUAAACAAAGUCCUCCAUUCACUGCCUGAGCCCUGGCAGUGGUACUGGCAUCACACGGAGGUACCUGAGGCUGCUCUGCACAUGGGCUUCAUGAGCAUGGGGCCAGCAUUCCCUUGCACUUAGAUGAUGCUCUCCAGAAUGGAUGGUGGCAGGCAGUGCAGAUGAAAGGGGGGAAUUUGAUUAAUAAAGAAGCAAUUCUUACUCCUCCGCUCUUCUCUCAUUACCAGCAUUUAAAAGCCAGGAUUCUCAUUUCUUGUAAGCUCUGGUGCUGCGUACAGAUGUGAAGCUGUGUCUCCCGGGAGUGCUUCCACCAGCAGAAUUCUGAUGGGAGGAAAUGGGCCUGCAACACCCAGCAGACAAUAAUCUAUCAGAAAGUAUCCUCUGCAGAUGUGCUUCCCACUCUCUGUCCUCAUCAGCACUUAUUAUCAACAGUAUUCCUUCCCCUCCUGCCCCACGCUAGAAAGUGACUGGUAUUUUAUCUUGUUUUUCCAGAAGGAUGAAAUAAAUGAGAGAAAGGAAAGAAAAAAUAUCAGUUUGGAUGGGACUGGCUGCCAUGCAGAAAAGAUGAAUCAGGCACCUGGGUGACACUAGAUCCACUGAAGCCUAGAUGCUGGCUUUGCAGGACAGCACCUAUAGAUUACUGUGGUCUCUGGGCUUUAGCUGUGACAUGCCCUGUGCACAGAGCAUUUUUUUUUCCUUCUGAAACUCUUCUGGGAUAGGCUUCAGCACUCCCUGAAGGUUACGGCAGCCUAGUGGUCUGCUCCUUUCUAGGCAAGACAUCAUGAGGUCUGUCAUCUUUCUGCUAACGUGGCUCUUUCACCACAGCCGUGUUUUAUCAGUGUGGCUGUGGGCAUUUAGGAUACAUCAUGUCAGAGGGCAGCACCCAGUUCUGCAGCACCUGAACUCAGUGGGUCCUGAUCCACUCAGACCCACACAGCCUUAGCUAUUAGCAGUGCUGCUGAGCUUUGCACUGCCUUGUGUCACUCAGACCUCCCAGACAUGAGAAAUGGCUGCUGCAGUGGUAUAGCAUGUGAAGUGCUUUGGGACCUACUGCACAGGUGUACAGAAGGACAGCUGGUGGCAGCUGCAAUGUGAUGAACUGAAGCUGUGCAGGAAUAUGGAGAUUUGAGGGUAAUCAGCAUUUCAGAGGUCCUGCAGCAUGAGGCCUUAAUAUAGCAGAAAUUUAGGGUGCUAAUCUUUGUUAAACAGCUUAGAAUCUGUGUGAAAUCUGUCCCCUGGGUGAUUUGUGAGCUGUAUUGUCAUGUGUGAAAGGCAAUGCCACUGACCUUGGAGAAAAUGAAAGGAGGAACUUUCUCACAGGAGCUGCAGUGGCAGGAGAGAGUCGCACUGGAUUGGGAGAGAGAGCUGCACAGUGUGAGAGCUGUGGGAAGCAGCGUGUUGUGAGCCUGGAAACAUCACCGGGAGCUUUCCAGCCGGGGUCUUCCCCAUCCACAGACUGGUCCCUGUCAUCCAGGAUGGGGAGUCAGCAGUGUGUGAUGUGCUUAGUGAGGACAGUGCGGGACAGCAGCGACUCCCCCUGCCCACCCAUACAGCACCUCGUACCGUGCCUGGAGCUCUCCACGAUGCCCCUGCGCUGCCAUCAUGGAGAGAAGGGGGAUAACAGUCUCCACCAGGGUACUACCCAAGGACAGACAACUGUUCAGCAUUUAUCAUGAUCUCUAGUCUAAUCUACACAGUAUAUAAUGGUGGGAAGCAGGCCACAGGACGAUAAAACACCACAACAAUCGUAAAACUCACAAACAGUUCCCGCCAUGGCUGGUGAUUAAAAAAUAAAUAAAUCCCAAUGACUAUCUGAAGUGUAAAGCCAUUUAAAAUUUAUCUCCAGAGCUCUGAGCCCGUCAUUAACAGCAUUACGCAGGGCGGUGCGCGUGGGCUUGGUGGAGCUCCUUCCCAAGUGGAACAUAAAGUGAGAAAUAAUUUUCACAGCAUCAAUUUACCGGCACCUUAAGCUGUCCGUUUACUGAAUGGCCUCGGAGGAUUUGGAGAGAGGGAGCGCAGUGCUUUUCGUGGGGAGCAGUAAAUUCACACAGCGGAGACAGGUUUCAGUGCCUGAUGUCGCUGGGAGAAAAAUCUUAAUAACAACUGGUCUGCUACCUACACAUUUAUUAGCAGCAAUUAUACGGCGUUGGCGUUACAAAUUGCUGUCGAAAGAUGUUAUCAAACUGGAAGCCCUCAGUUUAAUUGAAAGCACUUUUUUUAUUUGAUUCCUAAUGGCCUUAUGCUAUAAUAUCAAUGACCUGCGUGAGAAAAUCGCUUCCCCAGAGGGAUGGUGCUGGCAGAAGAUCUCUGUGCAGAUGGAGCUUUCCCCCCCGGGAAGGGUGGAGGUCUCCGACUCUUGUGCUGAUGCACAGCACCCAAGGGGAGGGGAGGAGAAUCAGCCGAGCAUUUUUCCCACACCUAGAAGACAGCAUUUUAUAAAUUCCUUUGCCAAAAGACCCAAAGGAUCUCAGGACUCGGUGGCAGUGUGGUGAAGAGGGCUGGUCACAUUUGGGGUCCAGCAGCAAGUGGAGGGAAGGUAACUUCUGUGUCCCUGGAAGGAUCGUUCUACAGCCUCCAACAAGGAGAUGUUCACUGUCCACCAAUGCAUAUUUUGGGACAUACAAAGAAGGUUUUUCAUUGUGUGCAGCAUCUUUUUUUUUUCCAAGAUGAGCAUGGAAUUAACUGAAAGAAGAUGCAAAGGGAGGCUCACCUACUGCAUUUCCAUCUUGCAGUCUAAUUAUGAAGUCUAAUUAUGAUGUCAAAAGCCAAAGUUCUAGUGCAGUGACUAAUUGACUUUGGAGAUGCAAGAGCUCUUUUGUUGUUUUAAGCUAGGAGAAGUGAGAAGGGAGGGAAAAUAAUCGUUACUUAGUUUAGUUCUGCCUUAUCGGGCGUGCCCUGGGGUACCUGCGGGGCGCUAGGCUGCACUCCGCAGAGCACGCUGAGGGGCUGUGGGAAUGCUCACAUACAGUGGAUGUAUGUGUACGCGGAGUGUUCGCACCCCUGUGAGCGGCGGCAGCAGCAGCUGCUCAACAACGCCGGGACCGGGCCGCUCCGGGACAGCGGUUCCGGGCGCGGAGCAGCGACUGCAGUGCCACGUUCUGGCCAGCAGGAGGCAGCAGCGCAGCGCUGGGGCGGACACACGCCAAUCCGCCGUUGCGUCUCUUUGCCGUUACCGCUCUGCGCGGGCAGUCCACCCCUCUCUAUGAUAGCAGGUCCUCCGGGCCGUACUACGCAUGCGCUCGGCGUAGCGGAAGUAGUGUCUCAAGGGUCCCGCGCCGCUAGCGUUGUGUUCCGCUCGGCGCGGGGCAGCAUCGAAAGCUGCGUGCGUGGCGCGUGCGCCGGCCGGGAUUUGCAGUUCCUUCGUGGAACCGCGCAGAAAGGACGCGAAACGGGCAGGGAAACGCACCCACCGUAGUUGAUGGCACCACCCAGUGCUCCUGACUGUGCUCGGCGCUGCCCCAGGGCCGACCCGAUGAGGGCACUGGGCACCGGGAGCGGGUUUGGGCUGAACGAAGCGCUCCCCCGCCCGCUGCUCUUCCCCCAGCACGGGCCGGGCUCAGGUUCCCCUUUGUGCACGGAGCGUGGCCCCUGAAACUUUCAUGAGGACACCGGAUCGCCAGCGAGGCCCGCCCCACCCCCCCCGCCUGCCACUGCGCAGCGCCUCUGUCCCCGCGCCAUGACCCAGGGCAUCUGGGGGCUCUACAAGGCCAGGGUGCUGCAGACCCUGGGGGGGGCACGGGCUGAUGGCACGCUGCAGGAGGAGGUAAUGGGAGGGAGGGGCGUGGCCGGGCAGAGCCCCCUGCCCUCCCCUCCUCUCACAGGUGGCGAUUCGUUGCAGGGAGACCCCUCUGAGCUGAUGGAGGCAGCCGAGCCCCCCACGCUGAUGGAGGAGGGACCUGGCCCUGUGUCCCAGCUGGCAAGGAAGGUCCAGGGGGGCUGGCGGACACUUUCAUCCCUCUUCACCCGUGAGGAUGAGCACCAGCUGCUCAACCCAGAGCCCUGCGCCGACCACCCCCUGGCUGCCGUGCCAGCUGAACUGCCUCCUGCCCAGAAAGCGCCUGGCUUUUGGGAUCUCUUCGCUACCAAGUGGCAGCAGGCAUCAGCACCAGACAAGGAGGUGCCUCCGCCAGAGCUGGGUGAGAGCCCCACAGAGCCACCGGGUGACGAGGGCCCCAGCGACCUGCGGGAGCCGGAGGAAGGGGCCUUCAGAUGGGGCUUCCUGGCCAGCAAACUGGCUGAAAUGCGAAAUAAAAAUGCUCCCAAGGGCAACUAGAGGAGGCGGUGCCAACCUGGCCCUGCGGCAGCGCCAGCCAGUGAUGCUGUGAUGGGCCCUGGCAAUGUGGAGGUGUUGGCACUAAAGACCCCGUGGUGCCCUUCUC